ACAAAAAGAAAAAAAGGUAGGUGUACGUGGACGGUAACGCCCGUAGAAAACGACAAGCUCUGUGCUGUGAGUGGAUAAGUCUGGUUGUCUCCCCCGCGAAACCCUCGUCACUUCCCCGCCACAGCCGCCACUACCUCCGCUGCUGCUAACUUCUCUUGAAGGCAGGAAGAAUGCAAGGGUUGUUCCAGGCAAUAUGUAUACAUGGAAAUGUGCUCAAAUACACUAUUUUGAAGCAUGUACGUGUCAUAGCUCCAGCCGCCCGAUCUGUUGUGUUUUCACGCUCUGAAUCAAUUUCUGCUUCUAAACUCGAAGAACAUGGAUUUGAGAGCACCAAAAUUGCAGAUGUAUUGAAUGCCAAAGGUAAAGGUGCUGAUGGCUCCUGGCUAUGGUGCUCUACAGAUGACACUGUAUACGAUGCUGUGAAAUCUAUGACGCAGCACAAUGUGGGAGCUUUGGUGGUGCUAAAGCCUGGAGCAGAUGAAGCAAUUGCUGGAAUCAUCACAGAAAGAGAUUAUCUUCGGAAAAUUAUUGUUCAAGGAAGAUCAUCAAAAAGCACGAAAGUUGGGGACAUCAUGACUGAAGAGAAUAAGCUGAUCACAGUUACACCAGACACCAAAGUCCUGAAGGCCAUGCAGCUCAUGACAGAUAAUCGAAUUCGGCACAUCCCGGUGAUCGACGACAAGAAGAUGGUCGGCAUGGUUUCCAUCGGCGAUGUGGUUCGAGCUGUUGUGAGGGAGCACAGGGAGGAGCUCAAUCGCCUGAAUGCCUUUAUACAGGGCGGUUAUUAAGCAAUUUACCAGAUUUGGAGUUUGUGAGGCUGAAGAUGAUGGCGAAAAAGAAUAAAUUGUUUAUUUGGUCUGUGGGAGAACUUUUUGUGUGAUUUUAGAGGUUUAGAGAAGCAGUUUGUUGGGACUAAAGUUAAUCAGUUGAGUUACUUUUUGGGUUAAUUUCUGCAUUUAAUGCUUCAAGAAUGAAUAAUAUCUAUUAGGAAUGUAGAGGUUUAGACUGUGUUUGUGGGGUGAAUGUUUUGAGUGUGUGUUGGUAAUAAAUGGUUGAAAUUUAAA